UCUGAUCCAUCUUAUCCUAUGUGCCCGCUAGCGCCAGUUGAUACGACCUUUAGACGGACUAUAAAAACCAAUGCGACCUGCUGGCUGCCAGAACAUGACCAAAGUUUGUACUGUGUUUGCUAAUUCUUGGUCUCUAGUCUACGAGUACGUGACAACCUGUUUCGAUCUUAUCCGCCAUGAAGCUGUGCAGUAUUUUACUGCUGGUGAUGGUGGUGUUGCUAGCUAUUGAUGCUGAUGACAAGGUCAAGCCACAAAAGGUCAUUCCCAAAAAAAACGCCAAACCACCGAAACAUAAAGUGACUUCCACCCAGGCGCCAGUCAAAGACAAGGAUUCGAGUGACGAAUCAAAAGACGAAAACUUCAAACCAGCGAAGGUAAAGAAGGAAAAAGAUAAAAACGACGCAAAACUUAAACAAAGUGUCAUUUUAACAACAGCAACUCCACAAGGGGUCAGCAGUAAUGACACGGUAACUCCAGUACCUAAAGGCAAUAGCACUGUAACUCAGAUAUCUGAUGGUAAUAGCACCGUUACUACGUUAUCUGAAGGCAAUGCCACUGUUACAUUGACAACAGUUAAUACAACAUCUGAUGGUAAUGUUACCGACCACAAGAGCAUGUUACAUAAUAUGUCCAUUUCAUUUGAUGGUACGUCUGAGAACAAGACAGGACAGGAAGCAGUUUGUGCUCCCAACGCCAAAGAUAAGAUGGAACUUUUAGCGAAGGACGUCUCAGCGAUGUGGGGCUACAUUCAAGCUAUUAAACAGCCCAUAAACCUUCACGUCCACAAUGAAGAUGGGCACAUCCAAGUUGACCACCAGCAUAAAUGUCACUCUGAAUGCAAAGGAGAGGAAAUGAUGAAAGGAGAUCCAAGGAAGCCUAAAGAUGGUGAUGGUAGGAAGAACAAAGACAUGGACAGGCCUGCUGAAGACGGGAAGUAUAGACACGGUCAUGAGGGCAGCAAGAUCCACAGUACCCGACUCCAGCAUGGCCGUCAUAGACACCAUAGUCAUCAUACACAUCAUCAUAACAGCAGCACACACGAACAUACACACCACAAGCAUUCCCAUCACGACCAUUCCAUGCACGACCACAUACACCAUUCAAAGCACAACCAUUCAGAUCACAACCAUACACGUCAUAGUCACAAACAUGACCAUAUACGUCACAGUCACAAACAUGACCAUACACGUCAUAGUCACAAACAUGACCAUACACGUCAUAGCCACAAACAUGACCAUACACGUCAUAGCCACAAACAUGACCAUACACGUCAUAGCCACAAACAUUUCAGUGGCCUUGACCUCUCCAAACUUGGUCAUCAAUCGGGGACACAUGUACAUAUCCACAUCCACGUUGAGCCACGCCCACAGCCUAAUCAACAGGUUGAGAACUUCGUGAAAUCUAACGAGACGCACAUUCAUCAGAUGGAAAAGCCACUGUUCGCAAGAUGUGACGUCAGAACAAGCCCAAACUUUAACUUAACCGGCUCAAUAUUUUUACGUCAACAACCAGGACAGAACAUGGAGGUGGUGGUGAACAUCAAAGGUUUCCCUGUGGCCGAGCAGAACAAAACUUUGGAUAACCAAACUCUGUCAGAUGGACGGAACAAUGAAGGGCUAACCUUGACACAAAAACACGGCAUUCACGUGCACGAGUUUGGAGAUUUUAGCCAGGGCUGUGCGUCUUUUGGUGGACAUUUUAAUCCUUUUGGACAUUCUCAUGGAGGUCGUAAUGGUGAGGAGCAUGGACACGUCGGUGAUUGGGGCAAUAUUGAGGUGAACAAAAAUGGAGAUGUCAACAGCACGUUUACUGUUGCGGCAGCUUCUUUGUUUGGUGACAACUCAAUUAUUGGACGCGGCAUUGUGAUCCACGCCAAAGAAGAUGACCUUGGCCUUGGCCACAGUGAGGCGAGUAGAACAACUGGAGAUGCAGGCGGCAGGAUCGGUUGUUGUGUUGUAGCUUGGAUGAGACCAACAUGAUCAGACGACGCAACCAACCGACCGUGACAAAAUAAAUCUUCAGACACCUCAACCUGAGACAAAUAGAAAUCAAACUGAUGAUCAUUAUAACACCUACGCCAUGCUAUCUUUUUAACUUAAAAAAAUGAUGUUUCAGUAAGGAAAUUGUAAUAGCAUUGGUCUUAACAAUUUAUGAUUUUUAUAACACAACCGUUUAACUAGCUUAAAGCUUAAAAAACGUUUUCUUGUAAAUAUUUAAACUAUUUGAAAAUUAAAAAAAAACAUUUCUGCUGUAUUUCACUUCACUAUACACAUUAGUACCUGCUUCACUUUGUAUAUUAGUACAGACAAACAAGCGCUGAGAAGAAACUAAAAACGUAUAAAAAGAGUUUUUUUCUAACCUCAAAUUACAUCUCACAGUGCUACUUCAAUUGUCAGUUGAUACUUUUAACGACUGAUAUUAACUUACCAUUCGAGUUGGUUAAACGUUAAUUUUUUCUCAAUAAUCUCCACCUGAAACCUAUCAUUCGAGUUGGUUAAACGUUAAUUUUUUCUCAAUAAUCUCCACCUAAAACCUACCAUUCGAGUUGGUUAAACGUUAAUUUUUUCUCAAUAAUCUCCACCUGAAACCUAUCAUUCGAGUUGGUUAAACGUUAAUUUUUUCUCAAUAAUCUCCACCUAAAGCCUACUAUUCCAGUUGGUUAAACGUUAAUUAUUUUUAUAAGUAAUGGGAAGUGAGGGACAUAAUAAAGAUUUGCAUAGCACAAAAGUAAUUGGUGAACCUGAACCAAAUGGUCCAGCUCAUUGGCCUGGUGAAAUCGUAUUGGUCAGUUUGACCGUGCUGUGCAUUUAUCUCACCAGCAUCAAACUGCCCCCCCCCCCCCCAUACACACACACACAGCGUCCUUGUUAUCAUUUGUUAAAUUUAAACCAAAAUAAAUCAAGUGUAUUUCAUUCAGUAAAAACAAAGCGUGU